AUGCUCCGCCGCACUCUGGUCCUCGACCUGAGCACCGCCUUUGGCUUCGGCACCACCUUCGGCUACCUGUGGUGGUACGGCUACCACCUUCCCCGCGUUCGCGCUCGUGACAACUACUACACCCGCCUGGAGGCCGAGCGCGCCGCCCAGCAGGCAUAGAUAGAUCUCGAUGCGAA